UCCGGACAAAUAACGCAAAAACCGCAUCGGGUGCAACAACAGGCCAAAUUGCAGUUCCGCGUAGUCGCCGGCGAAACUGCAACUGUUUUUCGAAGACACGGGCGCAAGUGCGGGCGCCGUCGUGGCGCACAGCGUCGUCCCGGGAUCCACUGUUGCGGGCACAGUUGUCCCCUUCGUAUCCCCCGGCCGCCGAACGGAGCGGAGCGUAGAUAACCGGCCUAACGUCACAAGGCGCGUCUGGAGAAUUUUCGAAAUCGCGAUCUCUUCGUGCGUGGAAAAUACGCGGUGUUGUUUCUGUUUGACGACAGGAAAAAAAGUGUAGAUUGGACCUUGGGGACCUUGCAUGGAUUAUAUCGUCUCGUUUUUUCAAGGUACUGAGAGUUUGUAUACAGGGAUGAAGACUUUCAUAUAUCUGGCAAGAAGCAUUGUGAUGUGAUCUACAGUAAGCAGCCCAAUCAUCAGCGGACAUGAUAGCCGAAGACUUCAUCUUGAAACUAGCGUUUCUAAUAGCUUGUGGGGCAUUGGGGAUGUGUAAAUCUCAAAUGGAAGAGGACCACUCAAAUGAUCUCGAUAAUGAAGAUAUCGAGCCCAUGAUAAUAGAUAGGGGACCUUAUUUUGAAAGAACUGUGUCGAAAAAUGUUACAGCUCUAGUUGGGAAAAGUGCAUACAUGAACUGUAGGGUUAGAAAUCUGGGUAACCGAACAGUAACCUGGAUAAGGCACCGGGACCUGCACCUGCUGACGGUCGGCCGAUCGACCUACACGUCGGAUCAAAGAUUCACGAGCAUCCACAAUCCGAUGACCGAGGAUUGGACCCUGCAGAUCCGUUAUCCACAGCGGAAGGACAGCGGCGUGUAUGAAUGUCAAGUAGGCACGACGCCCCCUAUCGGAAUUUGCAUGACCCUUUCCGUUGUCGAGCCUAUAACGAUUCUAUUGGGAGGUCCAGAAAUGUACAUAAAUGAAGGAAGCACCAUGAACUUGACGUGUAUUGUCAAGCACAGUCCAGAACCACCACCGAGUAUUGUGUGGAGCCAUAACAACGUAGAAAUAAAUUACGACUCGCCUAGGGGAGGCGUCAGCGUGUACACCGAGAAGGGAGACAUCACGAUCAGCUGCCUCCUGGUGCAGAAGGCCAGAGACACCGAUUCCGGGAAGUACACAUGUAGCCCAUCGAACGCGAAUCCCAAAACCCUCAUUGUGCACGUCCUGAACGGAGAGCAUCCUGCAGCCAUGCAACACGGCGGUCAACUGAGGCUGGAGUACCCCCUCUCUGCCUUCUUGUUGAGUGUCCUGGUAGCCGUCCUUGGCCCAUGAGAUUCCAUCCGGUCUGUUUUCUGCUAAGCACGUUCAAGUUUGUAUGGUGUGUAAAUGUAUGUAAAUAGUUGGGAAUGUGGAUAUUUACGAAGUUCGAAGUGACACUCUGUACAUACAAUACCUUAAAGCCAUUUUCGAAGUUUAGAUUUAAGAACACUGUAAAAUUUUGUAAAAUAUAAGGUUAUAGUAUGUCAA